UGCCAGCAGCCCUUCUCUUGGCUCCUUGACACGCGCUCCAUAUAAGGCAGCGAUCUCCAUAGAAACGUGUCAGUUUCAAUAGUAGUGUCAAAGUUCACUAUAUACAGACAUUUCGAGCAGAUCCCCCUUUCGGAAACAUUGCUCUGCUAGGCUUUCCGUUUAAACGCAUUCAUUUUUCGGGUCUCUCUCUCCCUCUCUCUCCCUCUUCCCUCCCCCCCCUCCCCUUUCUUGCAUAUUCUAUUAGUUGUGUGCUUUUCCCCCCUCUCUCUCUCUCUUCUCCCCCUUCAUCUCCCUCUUCUCCUUCCUUUUCUUCUUUUUUCCACCCUUCCUCCUUGUGUCUUUCGCUUCAUUCCUGCAGGAGAAGAGAAGAAGAGAGAGAGGUGAAACUAAAAAAAAAAAAAGGAAAGAGAAAAAAAAUUCGGAAAGAAGUAAAAAAGGGGAUAAAGCAGAGACGGGGGAAAGAGGAGAAAAAAAAAGUCCGGAAAGGAGAGAGAGAACGCGUUCAUAUCUUAAUACCGUUAUUAUUUUGACCAUUCUUGCCUAUUUUUUUUAUUUUGGGGGAGGGCUUCUCUUGUGGCCGAUGAGUUUUUACCCGAAAUACCUUUUUCAGGCGAACUAAAAAAAAAAAAAAAAAAAAGAACCUUUUGGGGGGUCGAUUUCCACCGAUCUUUUUUUUUUUCCCUCCUUCUUCCUCGCAACCGGCAUCGUGCGCUCUCACAGGAGAAGAGAAGAAGGAAGGGGCAAGAAAGAGGAAAAGAAGAGGAUUUAUUUACCCGACCUACUUUGGAUCUCUCUUUUUUCUGCGCUUGUCAUUAUUAUUCCCGUCCUCUAUUUUUACACUUCGCAGUGAAUUCGUCUCCUCUGCCAAUUUAGUCACAUCCGAUUUUUUUUUUUUUUUUGAGAAUUUUUUUUCCCCCUUUUUUUUUAAAAAAAAAAAAGGCGAGAGGGAGCGCGAGCUAGCGAGCGAGAGACAGAGAGCGAGAGAGAGCAGCUCGGGAGAGAAAGAGCAGCGACCGGCAACCUCCUCCUCCUUCGCCACCGCCGCCGCGACAGGAGAUCAAACUGCUUCUGCUCCCCGCCCGCCUCCUCCGCGCUCCCCGGCCCCGCCGCCCUGCAUGGCUGACGGCUCCCUGCCCUGGACCUGGCCUCCGGACACCUCCAUGCCCUGAUCGCCGGCCGACGGCUCCUCUCUGCACCUCCCGCCUCCCCGAGCACCGGCAGCGGCAACAGCCUCCGCGGGAGCGGCGGCGGCGGCCGGGCCCCGGCGGCGGCAAGCGGCGACCUCCUCCUCCUCCACCUCCUCCUCCUCCUCCUCCACCUCCUCCUCCUCUUCCUUCCCCUCCUCCUCCUCCUCCUCCUCGGCGGCGCCGCGGCUUCCUCUAUGCCCGCACAUCCUCCGCGCUCGUAGCGCCCGGACCGCGUGUGUGCCCGUGCCCGUGUGCGUGUGCGCGAGUGGGGGAGCCCGCCGUGUGCCGGGCGUGUGCGCGCCUGCCUGCCUGCGUGUGCGUGUCCGGCGUGCUACUCCUCUGAAUGCCUCUCCCGACAGCCUUGUUUGCCGUUUCUGAUUUUGCAACUUGAAGUGGCGGCCGGUGUGGUUGGGGUUUGGGGGGGGGGGUGGGAGGGGGUAAAGAGAGAGGGCGCGGAGAGGCGGCGAGAGCCGCGGAGAGCGGGAGCGGAGAGGGGAAGCGGCCAGGCGGGGGCAUUUUAAAGAAGACGGGAGGUGGGGGGGAAAGCGCAGGAAAGGGCAGGGAAGGAAAGGGAAGGGAGGAAGAGGAAAGGAAGAGUGUGGUUUAAAAAAAAAAAAGAGAGAGGGAGAGAGGGAGAGAGAGGGAAGGGAGAGAGGGAGAGAAUCCUCUGUUGCCCCCUCCCCCUCCCUAAAAAAGAAGAAGAAAAAAAAAAAAUUAGCGAGAGCGAGAGGAGGGGGGCUCGCGGCGAAAAAUAAAUAAAAUAAAGAAAACGGCAGGAGCGGCUCCAGGCGGCAGCGGCAGCAGGGCAGCGGCGGCGGCAGCCGAGGCGGAGGCAGGCGGCAGGCAGGGUCCCCUCGCUCCCCGCUCGCCCCCUGCGCCCGGUCGGCCGCCCCCCGCCCGCCCCCCGCCUCCCUCCCCUGCAGCCCGCAGCGAGACGCGCCGCUCCCCAGCACUUUUUUGGGCCCGAGAUAUGGCAAUGGUAGUUAGCAGCUGGCGAGAUCCGCAGGAAGACGUGGCCGGGGGCACCCCGAGCGGCCCCAACCCCGCCGCGGCGCAGCCGGCCAGGGAGCAGCAGCCCCAGCAGCAGCAAGGCGGGGGCUCGGCAGCCCCGCACACCCCGCAGACCCCCAGCCAGCCGGGACCCCCCUCCACGCCGGGCACGGCCGGGGACAAGGGAGCGGGCCAGCAGGGCUCGGGGCAGAGCCAGCAGCACAUCGAGUGCGUGGUGUGCGGGGACAAGUCCAGCGGCAAGCACUACGGGCAGUUCACCUGCGAGGGAUGCAAAAGUUUCUUCAAGAGGAGCGUCCGCAGGAACUUAACUUACACAUGCCGCGCCAACAGGAACUGUCCCAUCGACCAGCACCACCGCAACCAGUGCCAGUACUGCCGCCUCAAGAAGUGCCUCAAAGUGGGCAUGAGGCGGGAAGCGGUUCAGCGAGGAAGGAUGCCGCCCACCCAGCCCAACCCCGGCCAGUACGCCCUGACCAACGGCGACCCACUGAACGGGCACUGCUAUCUCUCGGGAUACAUCUCCCUGCUGCUGCGGGCCGAGCCCUACCCCACCUCCCGCUACGGCAGCCAGUGCAUGCAGCCCAACAACAUCAUGGGCAUCGAGAACAUCUGCGAGCUGGCCGCCCGCCUGCUCUUCAGCGCCGUCGAGUGGGCCCGCAACAUCCCCUUCUUCCCCGACCUGCAGAUCACCGACCAGGUAGCUCUGCUGCGGCUCACCUGGAGCGAGCUCUUCGUCCUCAACGCUGCCCAGUGCUCCAUGCCCCUCCAUGUGGCCCCACUCCUGGCCGCCGCCGGCCUCCACGCAUCCCCGAUGUCGGCCGACCGCGUCGUCGCCUUCAUGGACCACAUCCGCAUCUUCCAGGAGCAGGUGGAGAAGCUGAAGGCGCUGCACGUGGACUCGGCCGAGUACAGCUGCCUGAAAGCCAUCGUCCUCUUCACCUCAGACGCUUGCGGCCUGUCGGAUGCUGCGCACAUCGAGAGCCUUCAGGAGAAGUCCCAGUGCGCGUUGGAAGAGUAUGUGCGGAGCCAGUACCCCAACCAGCCCAGCCGCUUCGGGAAGCUGCUCCUGCGGCUGCCCUCGCUGCGCACCGUCUCCUCCUCCGUCAUCGAGCAGCUCUUCUUCGUCCGCUUGGUAGGUAAAACUCCCAUCGAAACCCUCAUCAGGGAUAUGCUACUGUCGGGGAGCAGCUUCAACUGGCCUUACAUGUCCAUCCAGUGCUCCUAGGGCCUGGUCCGCACCCCCGGCAGAAUAGCGGAGGAGCGGCAGAGGCUGGAGCGCUCGCACCGAAGGGCAGUCGGGGUGCGGGGGGGGCCCGGGAGGCGGACACCGAACAAAAGAAAGGGCCGAGUAGGAGCAGAGGUGUGGCCGUGGCGGGGAAGGACGGGCCUCGCGUCCGCAGAGGUCGUGGUGUUUUUAUUUUAUUUUUGGUUUUUUUUUUUUUUUUUUCCGGAAAGGAGGACAAAAAAAAGAAUUUAAAUAAUAAUAAUAAAAGAGACAAAAAUGGCAAAAAAAAAAAAAAUAAAAACAAAACAACAAAAAAAAAAAAGAGUAUUGAGGGGAUAUUAAUCACACCUGAAGGGGAUACUGGAUUUUCCAGGAUUUAUUGUGGACUGUUGUUGAUAUAUGCUGUACAGUAACAAACAAAACACGUCGAAACUGAACUGAAUCUUGUGUAGAGUGAAGAAAAAAAAAAGAGCAAAAACAAAGAAAACAAAACAAAACGAUUCCACGCGCAAACACUUAACGAGCAUUGUUACUCAUUUUGUAAAAUAUUAGUCUUUAUUUUCAUUUUUUGUAAAACUUAAAACACCAUAUGCGCAUAAAGGAAGAAAAAAGAAAAAAAAAAAAAGAAUCGAGAAUUAGGGGAAAAGAACAUUUUCCAAAUAAUUAUAAAAAAAAUUGUCCUGUGUCUAUGUAUCUAUAUCUGUUUUGUAUUUUUUUCUGGUUCCAAACCAGGUUUCCUGUGAUUCUAUACUAAUAAUUUUUGAUAUAACCCUUUGCUUCUUAUAAUGAGUGCGAUAUAUGUUGUCGAAGCUGUUCUUCAAGAAUUAAAAUUGAAGUGAGAAUUUAAACAAAAAUAAAAGAAUUUAGCAAAGAAAAUCAACUUAUCACCCCACAACCCAUGAGUCUUGUUACUUGCAACAUGCCAAGAGUUCACCAGGAAAAAAAAAAAAUCUAAAAAAAAAAAAAAAAGGAGAAAAGACACAAAACCCCAAGCCAAACUACCUGGUUUUUUAGCUCCUUUACUGGUGUUAAAAGAGAGAAGUUAAAAAAAACAUGUGAGGGGUCACCAAGCCAUGCAAAGUACGUGAUGUCCAAGACUUGGCUUGGCUGUGCAAGCAUAGGGCUGAGUGCUGGAGGCCUAGGCCAUGGUGUGGUGCCUUACUGGGACCACAUGACCCAUGGGCCUGUCCUGCUGGCCAACCCUUUGUGGAAAUACAUUGUCCCAUCAGCUGGGGAUGUUUCUGCUGGGUUCCCACCUUGCUGCUUGCUCUUGGGUGCCGUGGGGCAGUGGAUAGAACUCGUCAUAUGCCACCACCGUCGCAUGUGCAGUGGAAGGCAUACUGUAGCCAUGACGCUCCUGCUCUUGUUGAUGGCUUUCUGGUUUGGGGGGCUUGGGGUGGGUUGGUUUUUUUUUCCUUUUUCUUUUUUUUUUUUUUUUGCUUCUUUCCUCUUAUUUUCCACCCCAAGGACCUGCAGACCCUGGUGGUGUGUGCUCCGGUGUGCACACCUUGCGCUUGCUGCCAGCUGAAACAUCCCUCUCGCUCUUUCUCCUGACUCCAGUCGCUGUGCGUGAAGGGUAUUCCCAGCCCAUUAAUAUAGAAAUCCAACUGGAUGCUCGCUCAUUGGGUGGCGAGCCAGCACGUUCUGUGUGUGCUCAUGUGCCACAGCCAUGCACAAAACAUGGUCUGCGACCCACCACAGGGGCCCCAACUACGUACCCAAAGCACUGCUUCCUUUUGGCUCGUCCUUUUUUUACAAAGAAAACUAAAAAUCGUUUCUCUAAUGGAGCUCUUUAGAAGGUAAAGGCUUCACAAUGCUCCUAGCUGGUGGUGCGGAUCUCUGUAACAGCUUUCAGUGCAUUAAUGUUUUAUAGGAUCUGAGACAGAGCUGUAAGAACACAUACUACCAAGGGAGCUCUUCUUAACAUAUUAAUAAAGCUGGAUCUUUAAAAAUAACAUUCCCCCCUCACGCAGGCACCUCCCGUGCCCUCUAAACAAGCCUGGAUGAGGCAGGCUUUUCAGUUUGUGGAGUCAUGGGCAAUGUUUUCCUUUUAAUUUGCUGUCCUCCAUACUCUCCUUCUCUCUCUUCCCUCCUUUCUCUCUCUCUCUUUUUUUUUUUUUUUUUUCGUUCUUUGCAUUAACAAGAUCCUUCAAUCCAACUCGCUUGGGGUUUUUAAUAUUCUAGGCGCAGCAGAUCCGAGGUGAAAGCAGCUCUAUACAGUAGGCACUUAUAGCUGGGUAAUCAACACUGAGGGCAGAUCCUCUAUGGGGGUAGAGCCCAUUUCAGGACGGAGAAGCAACCUGUAUUCAUAGGUGCUGGGGUGGAGUGAAGGGGGCACAGAUGAUUUCAAGACCUGGACACACAAGGCGGAGAAUUAGACAGGCACACAGGCAGGCGGACAGACAGACAGAUAUCCUGCCUUUUCUUCCUCGCAUGGACGCUGCAUAGGAGACAGCUUUGUUCCUUGCCCUGGUCGUCUUCCCAGGGCGGAGGGAUUCCAGUAGCCCUUUCGGGCUGCCAGGGGGAGCAAGCGGGGAUGCUCAGUCCCAGGGGGUGCUUGGAAGAAGCUCUUCAACAUUGUGUUUUGGUGGGAUAGGUGACUGGGGACCCAGCUGGAUUAGCAGUUAGAGCUAACAAACAGACAGAUCAAACAACAAAAACGGCAACAAAAUAAAUAAUUAAAAAAUCAACAAAACAGAAAAACCCACCACAACAAAAAUAAUAAACAAAACAAAUGGGGAUAUCGGAAGAGAAAGACAGGUCUCGGUUUCUUCCAACGAGAUGUAAAUAUAUUCAUUACAGUAUUAUCCCACUGAUGAAAACAGAUAAACUUUUUCGUAGGUCAGAAACGUAUUUUUCAAUUAAUUUUCAUAUUUAUGAAUAAUAAUAACCCACCGAUUGCCAAGAAACUUGCAGGUGUGGAGGAGGUGUACGAGAUGCACUUAUUUCCAUGUAUGUGCCUAGAAAGAAGUGUUUCAAUCCCUUAUUAAACUUUGCUUACAAGA